UGGGCACUCCCUGGGGUGCCGGGGGCUCUGGCUAUUCCCACCCUUCCGCCAUGACCCCAUUCAGAAGUGCCAAAUGCAACUUCCGGGCAGGACAGGGAUUUUCGGAACCCUAACCUCCUGUCCACCUAGGAAUUCUAAUGAAUCAUUGACCAGCACCAUUUUACCCGUUGGAACAAGUUAUCAGAAAUGGGCAUAGUGCUUUUAGAUCCAACAUGUAACAGAUGGCCAUUACUCCAUGGUGAUUACUUCUUCAAGCCAACACCUUUUUUGAUUGUGUAGGAUCUUUGUCUCUUCAUCUUUGAAUUCCAUUUACUGUUGUUGGCAAAUAAAACGAAGGAGUUCAUGUAGUUUUUGCCCAAGCUUGAGUCAUCAUGAGUAGUAGUUUAGGAAAAGAAAAAGACUCUAAAGAGAAAGAUCCCAAAGUGCCAUCAGCCAAGGAAAGAGAAAAAGAGGCAAAAGCCUCUGGAGGUUUUGGGAAAGAGAGCAAAGAAAAAGAACCUAAGACCAAAGGGAAAGAUGCCAAAGAUGGAAAGAAGGACUCCAGUGCUGCCCAACCAGGGGUGGCUUUUUCAGUUGACAAUACGAUCAAACGGCCAAAUCCAGCACCUGGGACUAGAAAAAAAUCUAGCAAUGCAGAGGUGAUUAAAGAGCUCAACAAAUGCCGGGAAGAGAAUUCAAUGCGUUUGGACUUAUCCAAGAGGUCUAUACACAUAUUGCCAUCAUCAAUCAAAGAGUUGACUCAAUUAACAGAACUUUAUUUAUAUAGCAACAAAUUGCAGUCCCUCCCAGCAGAGGUGGGCUGUCUAGUAAAUCUCAUGACACUGGCUCUAAAUGAAAACUCACUUACCAGUUUGCCUGACUCUCUUGAUAACUUGAAGAAGCUGCGGAUGCUUGAUUUACGGCAUAAUAAACUGAGAGAAAUUCCUUCAGUGGUGUAUAGACUAGAUUCUCUCACCACUCUUUACCUUCGCUUUAAUCGUAUAACUACUGUGGAAAAGGACAUCAAAAAUCUGUCAAAACUCAGCAUGCUUAGCAUUCGAGAGAACAAAAUCAAACAACUACCUGCUGAAAUUGGUGAAUUAUGUAACCUCAUUACGCUGGAUGUAGCUCACAAUCAACUUGAACACCUCCCAAAGGAGAUUGGAAACUGCACACAGAUAACCAACCUUGACUUGCAGCACAAUGAACUGCUAGACCUCCCAGAUACUAUAGGAAACCUGUCCAGUUUAAGUCGUCUUGGUCUGAGAUACAACAGACUGUCAGCAAUACCCAGAUCACUGGCAAAAUGCAGUGCCCUUGAAGAGCUAAAUUUAGAGAACAAUAACAUUUCUGCUUUACCGGAGAGUCUUUUAUCAAGUCUUGUGAAACUGAAUAGUUUGACCUUAGCUAGAAAUUGCUUCCAGUUAUAUCCAGUAGGUGGUCCAUCUCAGUUUUCCACCAUCUAUUCCCUCAACAUGGAACACAAUCGAAUCAAUAAAAUCCCAUUUGGAAUUUUCUCCAGAGCAAAAGUAUUAAGUAAGCUGAAUAUGAAGGACAAUCAGUUGACAUCACUUCCCUUGGAUUUUGGAACUUGGACCAGUAUGGUAGAAUUGAAUUUAGCGACCAAUCAGCUCACAAAGAUUCCUGAGGAUGUGUCUGGUCUUGUUUCUCUUGAGGUUCUAAUAUUAUCAAACAAUCUGCUAAAGAAGCUUCCCCAUGGUCUUGGAAACCUUAGGAAGUUAAGAGAAUUGGAUCUAGAGGAGAACAAAUUGGAAUCGUUGCCAAAUGAAAUUGCUUAUCUUAAGGAUUUACAGAAAUUAGUCUUGACAAACAACCAGUUGACCACCCUUCCCAGAGGCAUUGGUCACCUUACCAAUCUCACACAUCUAGGCCUUGGAGAGAACCUACUCACUCAUCUUCCUGAAGAAAUUGGUACACUGGAGAACCUGGAAGAACUGUAUUUGAAUGACAACCCCAAUCUACAUAGCCUUCCCUUUGAGCUGGCUCUUUGCAGCAAGCUUUCAAUCAUGAGUAUUGAGAACUGUCCACUCAGUCACCUUCCACCUCAGAUCGUUGCUGGGGGUCCUUCUUUUAUCAUUCAGUUCCUAAAGAUGCAGGGUCCAUAUCGUGCCAUGGUCUGAUACAAAUCUGCUGGUCCCACACACUGUUCAAAAAUAGACUGCCAUUAAUGUUUCAUAUCUAUAUCUGUAUCUAUUUAUGUAGAUAUUGAUAUAUUUGGCAGAUUUAUAAAGACUGCAUUAUGUGUUUCUGCUAAUAGAGGAAUCAUAGCCAUUUAGAUUUUUUUUAAUUCUGUACAAAAGGCUUAUAUAAGUUUUCUUUGCUGAACUUGAUGGAUGUUUUUCUGUUGUGUAAUAUGAUAUGCCAGUUUGCUGAAAACAUUUGCCAACAAAUUAUGACGUUAUUAAAUUUAAGGGCCAGAGGUAGUAUAGUUAGAUAUACUUUCUCUUAGCAAAAAUAAUGGAUAAUUUUGUUGCAAUUUUUUAUAUACAUUUUCCCCUUACCAAUUGUCAAAUCAUUGUAGUAUUAUAGGCCCUAAAGGUAGAAUUUUUCUUUAACUUAUUUUGAAAUUUGAGAUUUAAAUUUUAUAUAUUGUUUACAGUCAGAGUAAAUCACUGGGUUUUUUUUUUUUCUUUUGGUUUGAUUUGCUCUGUUUUAAUCAGUGAAAUCUAGUUUAUGUCCUCUGCUAAAGAAGUUGCAGCAGCUGGUUUAAAUAUUAAAAGAUACUUGCUUGUUGAAACAACUGGCAAGUGAAAAGAUACAGUCAAAAAUUCUAGAAUUCUUUUAAUUGUGUUUCUCUGAUCAAUUGUAAAGCAAAAUAUCUGAAGUGAGUCUUUAGGUUGGGGGGAGGGUAUUGAGACCUUUUCUAGUAUAAAUAUCUUUUCUUAAGUUUGGGGGAACAGAAACUUGUAGUUUGGAAGAGUUUUCACUCCUGAAAGUUGCAGAAUGACAAAAACUAACAAUAAUUUGGCAAAAAAAAAAGAUACACAUAAACACACACAUUCUAUAUAUGUAUAUACAAUGCUAUAUAGAUAUGUAUUUAUUAUAUCAUAAACUACAAUAGGUAACUUUAAGGAUUUCUCCCUAGCCUUGUACAAUGAAAUGAAUGUUUUUCUUUGAACACUGCAAUAUAUGUAUGUUUCAAGGUUAUUUAACAGUGUACUAUGGUUUUAUAUCUUGACUUGCCUUGUACAUCUUUCAGUUCUGGAAUAUCUGCGUCUAAGCACAAUAUCUUCACACUGUGCUAUAUUGCUGCUGAACUAAAUGCACUUUUCCCCACAUGUGGGGCACUGGCUUCAAACAAUUCAGUUCAGUACCAUUGAUUUUAAUCUCAUCUUUCCUUUCUUGGUAGGUGUUAAUAAAAUUAUGGAAAAGAGGCACAUUGUAUAGAAGCCAUUGAUAGUUCAGUGGAAGUUCUGUAAGAUGUGCAUGUGCUAUUUGAUACGUUUUCAUUUGCUUUACUGCUUUUAAGGCUAGCAGUACUGUAAGUGUGUGCCCCUUAGACAGUAAUCUUACUUUUGGUGGUGUCAUUCUAAGUCAGUUUAAUUACUGGAAGAAACAGAGCAAGUGCAUUCUAGAUAUCAUCCUAAAAAACACUUCAUUCAUAUAAUGAAUAUUCUGUAUAAUUAAGUAUUGCUGCUUGGUUUUCUUUUUUUUUCCCUCCAUUUAGAUGGGCAUUGUAUUUUAAAUAAAACCAUUUUUGAAUUGACGCUCUAUUAAAAUAGAAAUUUGGAGUGUUUUGCUUUUUCUGGCACUCACAGGACUGAGUUUGAGGUAGAACCUGUAUUUAUAAUUGGCAAUUUUUUAAGGAGCAAGUAAGAAAUGGAAGGCAGGUGAAGAUAUAAAACCCUAGAAUGCUUAAAUGUGCUGUAAAACUAUUGUAGAUGUCACUGGAUUUUACCAAGUAAUAUCCUUUUCUUCUUUUUUUCCAUCUACUGUGGCUUUUCAGUUAAAAUUUUGUUUAUAAAAGGAAUUUGUUUAUUACAGCUCUAUAUACCUAUGUGUAUGUGUGGUUUUUUAAAAAACAUAUCCAGGUGUGUUUAUAUAUAAAAAUGAUGGAACUUAAAGUUGCAAGGAAGUAACCUAUUUUUUUUUUUUUAGAAAAAAAGGUUUCUUAAAAAUGAAAAUAGAUUUGGUUUUUGAAACAUUUUGGUUCCCCUACCUUCAUUUAUGUUAGUCUGCAACAGCAGUGCAGAAGGAUCACACUCUUACAUGUACAAGUAUUGUUACAGGCAAACCAUAUAUAGCUGAGGACUAUAAAAUUUUUCUAAGAAGUAUAAAACGUGUCCUUUUUAUGGCUGCCGCCUUGUAAGAGCCAAUGAAUUUCGUGACUUCUAACAAGAAACUAAAAUGGACUCUUAAUCAAGAUAUUUAAUAUUUAAAUAGUUUGAAUAUAUUAAGGGAUAUUGUUCAGUGACUAUAUAUGAGCUAAUACUUUUCCUGAAACCAGUGGGACUAAUUGGCAUAUCCAAACAUUUUCCUUUCUCUUGAAGAAAUCAGGUUUAGUCAUUGCUCCAUAAGGCUCAGUAAAUUAAAAAAAAAAAAAAGGAAUGUUAUAGAACGUUACAUUGGAAAAACAUUGCUCUAAACUUUGCUUUUUGUUAAUAUAUAGUAGCAAAACAGCAAUGACAAUGUUAAACAGUCCUUUUGUGGUAGUAUAGUACUUUUUAAAUCCCAAAUGAUUAUUUCAUACA